GAGUGGGGCAAGGAGACAGAGGAGGAGGGGAGAAGCUAUGGAUGGGGAGAGAUGCAGUUGCCUGGCAACAGCAGCCACAUAUAGGACCAAUGAAAAAUGACAGGGGAAUUAUCUGAUGGGCUAAAGGCACACAGAGACCGGUGCUCAUUUUUCCCUCCCGGAGAGGGUUUGAAUUGAUAUUUGGUAGUGGCAAAAUGUAUUUGGACUCACAAGUAGGGAAAAGAAGGCCGUCGGUAGGGAUAUCGUGAUGCCAGAGCAGAUGCAUUCUGAUUAAAGGAAUUUUGUGUCUCGGUGGUGUGGAGCUGAGGGGUAGGCUGUCGGCUCGCUCUUCACGGCCAGUCUUUCCCCAACAAAGGUGGCCAGAGGCGGAGGAGAAGAGGGGGGGGGUUCACCACAGAGGUGCCCCCUGUCUUCAAACACCUGCUGCUGGCUUAGCGGCUGACAUCGAGGACACUAGGACUGUGUCUGUGCACCAGUGUGUGUUAGGGCGCAAGUGAAUGGGAGACAGGGAGCGUGAGAAGAGGAAUUCAGCAUGACCUCAGCUUCUCCGUUGAUGAGGAGGAUCAGGACUUUCUCCCCUUGAAUCUUUGCGUCUGUGACUGAGGGGGAGGAAGGACACACCGACCAUUGAGAGGUUUCGAGGGGAUCGCACACCGCUCAUACACGUGUUCCUGCAGUGCAGCCAUGAAGCUGACUGUGUAGGGGAAUGAGCACUGCAGAAGCAACUCUACGAAUGGAGAACUUAGAGGUGAAAGACGAGUGGCAGGAUGAAGACUUCCCCAGACCACUACCAGAAUACGGAGACAUGGAUCCCUCUUGUGGCCUCACAGAUGACAGAGCCUUUCCCCCUAACUCCCUGAAUGUAAGCCCAUCCGGAGGAGGAGGAGGAGGAGGAGGCAUGUCCUCAUCCCACCGCAAACGACGUACGUUGGUUGCCCCGGAGAUGAACCUUUCACUGGACCAAAGCGAGGGCUCUUUGCUGUCAGAUGACUUCCUGGAUACACCGGAUGACCUGGACAUCAACGUCGAUGACAUUGAUACGCCUGACGAGACCGACUCGCUGGAGUUCAUCACCAAUGGCAACGAGCUGGAGUGGGAAGAUGACACGGCGGUGGCGUCGGCCAAAGCAGGUCCCGCUGGCGGGUCGGGGAACGUGGAUGAGGAGGGGAACGUGAACAACGGACGCCUGUGGAGGACGGUGAUCAUCGGAGAACAGGAGCAUCGCAUCGACAUGCAGGUCAUCAGGCCCUACUUACGGGUCAUUACACAUGGAGGUUAUUAUGGCGAGGGGCUUAAUGCCAUCAUUGUUUUCUCGGCCUGUUACCUGCCCGACAGCAGCUGUGCAGACUACCACUACAUCAUGGAGAACCUCUUCCUGUACGUGGUGAGCAGUCUGGAGAUGCUGGUGGCUGAAGAUUACCUGAUCAUCUACAUGAACGGAGCCACUCCUCGGAAUAAAAUGCCGGGGAUCAGUUGGCUUAAGAAAUGCUACCAAAUGAUCGACAGAAGAUUGAGGAAGAACCUGAAAUCUUUGGUCAUUGCUCAUCCCACAUGGUUCAUACGCACCGUCCUGGCCAUAUCCAGGCCUUUUAUCAGUGUGAAGUUCAUGAAUAAGAUCCAGUACGUCCACAGCCUGGAUGAACUGGCAGAGCUCGUCCCCAUGGAGCAUGUCCAUGUACCCGAGUGUGUGGUGCAAUUUGAUGAGGAGAAGAUGAAAGCAAGGACGGAAAGGAUGGAGCAGGAACACAGACAACAGGAAAAGCAGCAGCCGGUCCCACAGCAGCCAAUGAAAAAAUCUGAAAGGGUGAAGUCGAUGAUUGUAGAUAAAGAGUAAUGAAAGGAGAACUUUUCAGGUGAAGUGGGACAGACGGGCCGAGCAUGAACCUUUGGAUUUAUUCCCGUACGAAGCAGCUGUCCCAACAAGUCUCUGUGCUUCCUUGUUCCACCGACAUCCAGCUGCAGAUGUGUGCCCUGAAGAUGGUGAACGCUUCGUCUCAUUCACCCCUCCUGUGGAGCCUCCUCCUUCCCCUCCGCCGCAGGGUUUCACGUUGCACCUCGGGAAUGUUCAAAGGAGGUCGCUGCAGGGAAGGCUUUUAUGAUGGAAACCAUUGCGUCGGCUCCCCUGCUGCGUGGUCGGACCUGCUUGUCUAGCCCAAAUUGUAAUACUACAUCAUCGCGAUGCUGUGGAGGAACAGGUCAAUGACACAAACUCACACGCAACACAAAUUUAAAUUAGACUAAAGAAACGACAAUUGACUUCAAAAUGUGUUCGUUGAUAACUAAAUAAAUAUACACAAAAAAAAGGUCAGGAGUUGCAUAACAGAAACAUACAUGAUGUAGCAGAUCAAACAUUUAUAUUCAUGCUUGUUUGUAAUGUCUGUUAGACGUAAAUAGUAAUGCAUCAGAUGCCUUCAUCUUAAUCGUCUGCCUCGUAGCGGCUGUAUCAUCAGGCCUUCUCAAGCUCUCCCUUUUGCUGUGGAAAAUGUCCAAAUGUGCAAACGUCUGUACUGUGACUUUUUGUUCAUUGUGUGCCUCACUGUGUAGAAAUACAGGAACAUGAUCAUUAUUUGCAUUUGUGGCCUGAAAAACCCAUCUGACAAAAUCUUUAAGAGACAUCUAUGUGCUGUAAAAUACAAUGCUUGUUUAUUUUGUAUAACAUGGUUUGGCCACAUAAAUAGACACAUGUGCUUUACAUCAACAGUUAGACUGGGAUCAAAUGUAUGACAUAUAUAAGAAGAGUUGAAUUUCAACCCACAAUAGAAAGAAAAUCUGCAAUAAUUUUGUAUGAAAGUGGCAAUAACCAAGACACAAUACACAAACAUUGUAUAUAUGAUUGCAUACUAAUAUCAUGAAUUGUGCAUCUAUAAUUCUUAUUGAUUUUUGUUAAAGGAAACAUUCUCUGUCAGGCUAGACUAUGAAACAUAUGCAUGACCACUGACUAACUUAAAGAAGCAUAAAAUGGCCUGAUGAGAUUUUGUGCACUUUCAUGAAUUUUUUGUAGCUUAUGUGAAAAUGUAGUUUUGUGAUUUCAAUUCUUUGUUGAUUUCAGGCAAGCAAAAUCCCCUCCAGUUUCUAUGUGAUUGUGUCUGACGAACAUUCGGGACGAUGUCAGCACAUUCCCAUAUUCUGCUGAAGGUUUAACGUUUCUCAAAUAUCCGAAUGCAUCGGACGUUUUCGGGGGUUACGUUGAUUUUCUCUUGCGUCUUCCAUCCGUUAAACUUAUUGUAGCAGGAGGGCAGAGGAGUAAGAAACUUUUAUUUUUGUAAAGAACUGCAUCAAUUGUAAUGCCGACCUUUUUUGCACUAUUGGAUUUUGGUUAUGUCUAAUGGGAGAUUUUUGGUUCUCCUAAAGCAUCUGUUACGUUAGCAUAGCAGAUUGCUGCAGUUCUGCUGCUAUCAUGAAAGAAUGAACAUUUUUAUGCUUCUCUGUUACAGAAAAAUGGUCUCAUGAAAUUUCUUCUGUUAAAGUGCCAUCUCAGUUCUUUUGCCUUUUCUAUUAUGUUCAGUCCUGUUUGGAUGUCAACCAAACAUGAGCGGUUCCAUGAAAUAUUGGUCCUGUCUGAUGGAACAGCUGCGUUGCUGCAUCUCGUCAUUCUUUGUGUUUGAGCAUUGUUUGCACUGAGGGGCCUACUUUUUUCACCACAUGGUUUUUAAAAAUCAGGAAAAACUGACAGAAUGUCUUCCAUCUUCAAGUUUUCAGGUUGAUUUCAUCAAAUGUCACAGUAUUAUAAGUUAAUGCAGAGUUUUUUUUCUCCAAAAUCUAAAUGUUCAUUUAGACAAAAAGCACAACAUUUAUAUAUUAUUACAAAUACUUUGCUGCCCUUUAGUCUGCUGUUAAAUUGAAUAAACUUCCUCCCAAGAAAGUUUUUUCACAAUGUUUUUCAUUUUUCUCACGGAGAAGCUCAUCAAUGGGCUUCAGUUAGAGUUUAGCCACGAAAAACUAGACGUACAGACACACACUCUGUACCAACACACUGUGUGAAUAUGUUUUAUUUUGAAUAACUUCAUCCUAUUGGAAACAAAAACUUAAAAGCCUUGUAUUCAGUUUUAUACCUGGAUGUGUUAUUUGGCGGAUGUCCUGACCAGUUUGUCAUAUUCGUCAUGUUCGUCACAGCUCCCCGGGGACGUCGCACGUGUCUGUGAUCGCGGUAAAUGUCUCAGUCUUUUCUUAAAGCAAGACAGUCGUGUGAUUCCCCAGUAACCCUAACCUUCACCUGUCUUAAUGACACGAGUCACCCAUUACACCCUUCUCCAUGACAGACGACUGACAGUGAGAGACCCGGGAUGUUGACCCCCUGACCCUUAAGAGAUGCAUACACACAAGUGAUUGUCACGCUGUAAGUGUAGCGGCUAAACUUAAAGCCACUGAGGGGGCUGCAUAGACAGGCUAAAAGUAGUUGACGCGCUGGCUACUGCACGACUAUAACUUGUGUCUAGUGAACAAACAGCUUGCGGCUUUGCUUCGUGAUUUGAUGCGUAUUUUAUUUCUCACCGUUUCAAGGAUAUUCAAUAACAAGCAGGUAUCCAUUGCCUGUGCAUGUGAAGUCCAUUCAGCUGUGUCACAUACAGCAAAACAAACGUGACGGAGCCUGGAGCGUUUGGAAAACUGUGUGCUCCUCCCUAGCAACACCUCCCACAUGUCAGAAAGUUCCCACCUAUACAGAAAUGUACACCCAACACCAUGAGAACACCUACCGGCCCAAUUUGGUACCUUCCACACAUUGACAUUAGACCUGGCUCCUACAGUAAGGGAAAGGCGUCGAUGCACAUAGCAGUAGCAUUUAUAAGUCACAUCCUAUAACCCACGAUUAAUAUUGUGUUGCUGGCAUGCUCUAGCCGACGUCUGAACCAAUGAUAUUUGCCGCAAAUUCUUUACUUUUGCUUUGAAUUUUGGCACCUCUUUUUCUGCCUCGGCACCGCCCUCACUCUCCCAACACACUUUACUUAACACAUAAGAGACACUCCUUCCAGUACAAUGAAGCAGUCCAAGGCAAAGAUAGAUUUGUAAAGAUACUGCAGCCGAGUUGAUGUUUUUUUUCUGUAUUUUGUUUUAAUGCAUUUUGGAUGUGGUUGUAUCUGCCUCUCUAAAUGUAACCCUAGGGGAAACACUGUAAUCUAAAGUUCCACUGUGUGAAUAGAGGCACGCAGUUACGUGGCUUAUUACUUUUAUAAUUUU